UGUCGCGCUUUGACUCGCGUUAUGAUACAGACAAGUCCUAUUUCAAGGUGAGACCCAUUUUCCCUGCUGAGAACUUUGGACAGCUUUUUUUCUAUAUUACUCAAUACAGUGUAUAGAUAUUUGUUGUAGUUACAGACGUUCCACUUGUGGCAUAUUGUGUUUUGAGUUUUUUCAAAGAGAAUGGAAGGGAAACUUCCAGAAGAUCAGAUGAAAUCGCUUUUGGCUCCUUGGAGAUUUUCUUGGCAGUCAAGCGGAUUUAAAAACAGGCUCCUGACAGCACUGGAACUUUAUGAACAUUUCCCAUUAGACAUAGCUGUUACUGGAGGAACCAAGUCCUCAAAUGCAAGGCUUGCUUUUGCUGUCUGUGGAUUAUUAGAGGAACAGGAAGAAGAAGAAGAAGAAGAAGAAGAGGAAGAGAAGGAAAGCGAUGAAGACGAAGACAGUGAUGAACAAGAGGAGGAUGGUGAUGGUGAAGAUGAUGAUGACACAAAAAAAAAACUAUUUGUGAGAUUUAGAGAGGACUUUGCAGAGAACGAUCCUGACUCUGCUCCAGUGCUCCUCCACCCUCUAAUCCCCAACGUCCGCAUUUUGACAAUAGAGGGAAGUUCUGGAUCUCCUCAGGAUCGCUAUGAUGUAUUGGUGGUCCUCACAACAGAGUUGCACCAAGAGGAUCAUAUGCGGUUUAUCAUGGAGCUAUAUGAGAAGAACAAGCCCUUGUAUCUGGUUAAAGCCGAUAAAGAAAUAGAUAUUGUGCGUGAAAAGCUGGCAGGACCCUGUAAGACCUGUGCAUGGGAACGAAUGAGAGAGCGUAUUUCAGAGUUUCGGAAGAAACACAAGGCGGAAUUUGAAUUGACGAAGAAUGCAAACCACCAAGGUCCUUUUCCAUUACACCAAGGUAUUAAACUUUGGGAAGCUGAAAUGAUUGCUGGAGUUUUGAUGAAAGCUAUACCUGAAUUGCGCAAGAAGGCUUUCAGUCAGUUUUUGGUGGAUCUCACGCACAACCUUAAAGUACCUUUAACAGAGAGACAUCGCUCAGGAUCCCUAGCAAGUUCUUCUUUAAAAAACAGAAAGAUAAGCCAAGAAGACCUGGGCAAAAUCUCUGCGGUCUUUCAAUCCCAGGAUCUCACUGACCAACCGUCCAAACUGCUCUCCAUCUUCAGUGCUCUGGAGCACUUCCGACUAGAUGUGGGUGUAUUAGGGGAGACGGGUUGUGGCAGCUCAAGUUUGUUCAACUCUCUCCUGGGCCUAAAGAAUGGAGACAAAGGUGCGUCCGAUGUUGGGGUAUUUGAAACCACAAAGACGCCUGUGACAUAUUCAUACUUAGAUUACCACAAUGUUCUUCUGUGGGACCUCCCAGGCUUGGGAAGUGUGAAAGAUUUUAAGGCAGCAUCCUCUGGCCCUAUGCACCAUGCCCCUCCCAUACCCCCAAUACCUCCUUGUGAUGUCUACAUCCUGGUCUCACCCUUGAGGUUCAAUCUGGGGUACAUUCAGCUGGUAAAGCACCUUCUGUUGCAGGGGAAAUGUUGCUAUCUAGUACUCUCCAAAGCUGAUUUGAUUGAGGAGAAAGCAACUAAAGAAGUGAGGAGAUGGAAUACAGAAAUGUUGGAAAAGCUAGGUCUGAAACAGGAUAUCUAUCUGGUUUCUGCCUUCCAUCCAGAGACUAUGGAUUUACCCAAAAUGAGAAAGGAUUUUGAGGAUGCUAUAGAAAGCCAUAGGAGAGUCGCUCUGGCCAAUUAUGUGUCAAAACUAUUGGAAGAGGAUGUGUUUUGGAAAAGGCCAGACCCUUGCAAAGUCAACUGACCUCCUGCAAAGAGAUGCAUUUACACCACUUUAAGAAUUAAUGUGAUACUUUGGAUGCAAGUGUCUGCUGGACUGUAUAACCAAACAAAAUUUUAAUCAGUCAAAUAAUGUGCUUAUCUGGAUAUGUGUGUGUGUGUGUGUGUGUGUGCUUGCAAAAAACAGCUUAUGUAGCAACUAGAGUUUAACCCUAGCAUUUAGGAUAUUUACCACUUGCCAUGAGAAUUGAAGAGACACCUCAAACUGAAUCUGGCUGAGCUCAAAGAAAGUAUUUGCUAGCAUCAUCAUGAGGUUGUGUGGUUGAAUCUGCAACAGUGGCUCUCUAGGUGAAAGGGAUGUCAAUCACAGGGUCACAUAUCCAGAAUAGGGCGAAGUGGAGAAAAAUAUUUUCUUAUAGGGUGUGUUAUGCUGCCCUAUGACACAGCCAGUAACAAAGUAAAUGUAAUUAGCUACUGUACUUAAGUAACUUUUUCACAUAUCUGUACUUUACUGAAGUAUUUACAUUUGGGGAGAAUUUUACUUUAACUUCACUACAUUUUAAAGUCAAAUAUCCUACUGUUUACUCAGCUGCAUUUUGUGAAUUCGGUGGAUAAACAUGUAACUGGUCAAGAACGCAGUCAACCACUAAUCAGUAUCGAGCGUGCGCUCUGUUUUAAACUUGUUCUGAUCGACGCUUGGUGGUAUCUACUUAUCACCAACAUACAGUUCAGCAUCAGUUCAACAGCAAGCAGAAUAUUUUGAUGGAAGAAU